AUGAAGGGCAAUAAAUUGAGUGAAUUGUUUCAGGCAUUAAAAGUAUUGCAAAGUUCCGACCAUUUCAACGACUAUUCAAUUGUUGGCAACUGUGUCGACGCCUUAAGUAUAAUAAUCGGCAAAAUUGAUAGCAAAAUACAAAACGUGGUGAAAAUGUCCCGACGUUUGACUGACUUCAACAGCAUCUGUCAAAACGAUCAAAUAGUUUUACUCAAAUACUCGUCCAUUGAGAUCGAUAUCAUGCGAAUGGUAUUGAGGUUUAAUUUUCAAGACAAAUCACAUCUCAUAAGAUUGAGUUUGUUUGAAGGACUCGUUAAUCCUAAGUUGUUUUUGGAAAACAUGGGACUCGACUGGGAUUCAGAGCCGCUGAUCAUUGAUUUAUUGACAGCGAUCAUACUGUUUAACCCUCAUCGACCACAUUUGAUCCACAAACAUACCAUUAAAUAUCAACAGAAUAUUUACAUCUAUUUAUUGAAACGAAAUCAUUACAACGCUAUUAGCUGUGAAUCGUGUAAAUCAUUCUUUAGGAGAAAUUCACUGAAAAAUGAUAGGUUUCGGUGUUAUUUAGGGGGCAAAUGUCAGAUCGAUGUUCACAAGAGAGGGCUUUGCAAGAAAUGCCGUUUGGAUAAGUGUUUUGACGUCGGAAUGAAAACUAGUUUGUUUUAUUCAAACGAAGAAAUUCAGUUAAGAAACACUUUUAUAGCGGGGAAUAGGAAACGAAAACACAGGUCUAUAGCCGAGAGCACACCUGUAGUCAAUUUGCCUCAACUGUUAGACCUGUCCAUCGAUUCUUUGCCAUCGAGUACUCAAAACAAAGACAUUUUAAUUUUAGACAACAUUGGGAUUGAUAUAAAUUGCAAUCAAAUUAAUAAUUUUGAUAAUGAAGUAAUGAAUUCAGUGAUACCUGUCGUGACUCCGGAUGAAUUAAAUCAAUCAGUGAUACCUAUUAUGAGACCAAUCAGUGAUUACAGCAAUACUUUCAAUGAAUUAGAAGGCAAUCGAUUGACUGAAUUGUUGUCUGCGCUAAAGAAUAUUGAUUACAUGAUGUCUGGGAAUAAGUCCUCAAAUAUAGACAAUUAUAUUAUCAAUGAUAUCAGAGAAGCGACUGAAUUGAAGACAAAAAUUAAUGAAAUCAUAUUCAAAGAUACGGUUAAAGUGUGUAAAGCAUUGAAUGCUUUUAAAUAUCUCAGUUUAAGCGAUCAAAUGGUUUUGUUUAAAUACUCGGCGCCUGAGAUAAUGGUCUUACGUAUGGUUUUGGGUUAUAAUUUUGAACAUAAUUAUUGGUCUAUAGUGAUUAAGUUAACGGCGAUUAUCCUCUUUAACCCGAAUCGAUCUAAACUAAACAAUAAGUCAAUGAUCAAGUGA